AUGGCACGAGGCAGCUCCCAGCGUGCGAAUGCCCGCGUCGCUAAUGGGGGUGUGCAGGGUGGACCAACCAGAGCGAGUAAACCCGAUGUUCCGAGUCUUGGCAUUGGGCAAGAUCAGCCUGGCAGCCAGGACCGCAGCGCAGAUGCUGCUUGGUCAUCGCCCCAGAGCGCAGGGAUGUUCGAGAGCAAUUUCAUCGAUCCACCGUCCCCCGACCAGGAUCUUGCGUGGCUCCUUGACUUGGAGCCUCUCCCAGUGGAUUUCUCGCCCAGAGGCAGCCACACAGGGGCUGGCUUCGAUGCAGGCUCUUCCCCAGCGAUCUCCACACCACAUCAGCCAGGAUCUGUGCAAUCGAAUGGCAGCAAUGCGGUCGUUUAUCCGAGUCCUGCAGCUACGCAUGACAGCAACAGCGCCCUUGCAGCAUUCGAUGCGCUGAUGAGGGAUGCCAUGAAGGCUGCUGGAGAGGAGUUGGACGGCAGCGAAGACUUGCAGGCGCGCCCGCAGUUUGCCUCAGGAGCUGAGCUGGCAGUAGGGCAGCUGAACACGAAGCGUCCACCGCUGCACCAUUCGCGCAGCAGCCUGGAUGACUUUGAGCUGGCGAUUCGGGAUCUAGUGACUCCAAUGGCGGUCACAGCAGAGGAGGCGCGCCUGAUCUGGCCGCAGGGCAGCCCCGGGGAUUCGCCGGGGGAUCCCGGCCUAAUCUGGUCGCAGCAGCAACCCCCGGGAUUCACCCCUGAACCCCACUCUCAAGGGGCCUGGGAAACUAGCCAGCAGCCGCAACAGCAGCUGCAGAUGACUCAUGGGAAGCAGGAAGACCUGCGAGCGUUCCUGCUUGAGUCACGCUACAAUUCAGCCCCGGAGCUGCCGCUGCUGGACCAUCAAAUCCCCCCGCUCCCAGAUAAUCCUUGGGGGAAUGAUGCGUCCACAAGGGGCGCAAAUCAUCAGCGCAGCCAAAACAGCACUGAUGUGACGGCCUCUCCUGGCACGGCCAGAAUUGGCAGCGAGGCCACGCCAGGCAUCAUUCGCGCGCAGUCUCAGGACUUCACCAUCGACCCGGAGACGGGCAGGAAGCUUCGCUUCGGCCCGGCGAUGGCCGUGCGGACGAAUGUGGUCGAUCUGCCUUCGGUGACUGCGCUAUUUGCUGAUGUCAGCUCGCGGGGACUGAAGAGGCAACGCCGGUGGAGCCCAAGCCCCGCCAGCACACCAACCAAAAAUGCAGUGAGAAGAAGGGGCCGCAGCUCAAAGAGCCCAUCCUUGACAGCCGCAGCGGAUUUUCCACUGCCCCCGGGGAUCUCUGCGGUAGACGAGGACCGCGGCACAUGGCGCGGCAUGUGCCGGCACAUGCCAGACCCGCCGCCACUUUCCUCUGACCAAGCCGUCAGUCAAUCAAUCGCGGCACCAUCUCAAAUUGAUAUUCCAAGGCAACAGGUAGCGCAAGUGCAGCCUGCAGAAGCAGGAGGGAAGCCGGAGGAAGCUGCCUUGGAAGGUACAGUAAAAAGCGGGGGUCCAGUCUUCGACGCGCGGCUUCCACUGAGGGGCAAAGUUGCCAAUACAGGCAACGCUGCCACAUCACCAGCACUGACUCAGGCGACACACCAGGCAGUGGCGCCGGCUAGCCCACCCUUGAACCAGCAGCAGCGGGUUCAGAGCAGAGGGGUUCCACUGUCUCCGGUCUCCGGCCAGUCAGCUUUUACUGAGGACAGAGGCGCUGGAGCACUGUCUGCUGCCGCAGAACUUGCAGUGGAGGCUGGCGAUGAGCCAGCCUCAGGGAGCGAGGGGACCCAGGGGGGCGCGGUGGCGACCCCGGCAGGGUUUGGGGGAAUCACAAGGGGCGUGAUUCGAGCUGCGGCGCUCAGCGGCAAGCACAAGGCGCCUGUGUUCCGACUUGAAGAGCUGCACAGAGCGCAUUCGCAGCAGCAGAUGCAGCAGUCUCAGUCUCAGCAGCAAAGGUUCAAGGGAGUCACCCGCGGUCCUUGGAGCGUGACAUGGGACGCGCAUGUGCCUUCACCUGCCGCCGGACUGCGCGCCCAAUUAGGCCUCGCCCCCCUGGCGCCAGAUCAGGCCCCUGAUGAGGACGUUCAACCCAUCUACGUGGGAACCUUCCUGACCCAAACGAGCGCUGCAAAGGCGCACGAUGUGGCAGCACUGCGGAUCUGCCUGGAGCCGGAAGCUGCCGCCGCUGCGGAGGAAGCUGCCGCGGCAGCUUCCGACUCGAGCCUCAGCUUGAACUUCUCUCCUGACAGCUACCACCAGGGAAUGCAAGAAAUGAGGGGAGCUUCGGUGUCAGACUUCAUCCAGGCGCUGCAGCAGCACAGCGCGUUCGAGACCCAACGCACCUCCAGGUACAAGGGAGUGCACAUGCUGAGCGACAACGAGUGGGUGGCGAGAUUUCUGGAGCAAGAGGAUGCACCAAUUCUGUGA